UGGCGUGGAAAUGAUAGAAGCCACCGGGCAGGCAGGAUUUCUGCAAUGAGAGGUGCCCGUUGUUUAUUUAGAAGAGCAGGGGGCCAGCAGUGGCGCCGGGAGGAGAUGCUUGACCAUUUAUUUCUCCUCUAGCCAGUCCCAGACUGUCUCUGCUCCCCCUCCCCCAUCCCUUUACCCCACCCCGAGCGAGUGGGAGAGCUACGGCAGCGGCGGCAGCAUCACUCCCUCCAGCCGCCGCUGCUCCGCCCCAUCCCUGUCUGUUUUUCUCUCUCAUUCUCCGUUGGCGGCGGCGGCAGAGGCAGCGGCAGCGGCAGCAGCAGAAACGCUGCAAUGAAUGAUCCUCCACCCUGGGGAGAGAACUGUAGGUGAGCGUCUCUGCACACAGAAGGGCCAUGAAGGACCCAGGACCCCAGCUGUCCAGGACCCCCGACUCUCCCAGCCCACUGCCAUAGAAUAUUGGAGAGGAGCAGGAGGAGGAGGAGACCAGAUCCCUGCUGCCCACCCCCAUCCUAUUUUCCUCUUUCUUUAUCUCAUUGUUGCUGUUUACAACCCAGGGUCCCUUCUCCCCAGUAUGGGCCGGGCUCUAGGGGCUGCCUCCUGGCAAGCGAUGCGGCUCCUGUCGCUGUUACUGCUGCUCCUGCCACUGCCUGGUCAUUCUGCCUAAUCCUCGUCCCCAGCUCAGGGUGGUGCAAGCGAAGAGCAGAGAGCUUUGGAGGCCAGGACUGCAGCAGCCGGCGGCCAGGCGGGCGGAGCGGCAGCCACCACCCCAGCCAGCAUCCCUCCCCUCACCUCUGGAAGCUGCAUGCACGUUGAGGAGCAGCCCCACUGGGCCGGGACAGCCCAGUGGAUCCAGACUUAAGGGCAGGCAGACAGCCCAGGCUGCUUGAGUGAGGGAGGAUCAGGAGGUGAGGGUGGGAUAGGGACCUGGGGUGGGGGGAAAGGGAGUACUGUGAGCUGCAGAAUGGCCAAUAAAGCCAAGCCCAGCGAGGCCCUGAAGGUGGUGGCCCGGUGCCGCCCCAUGAGUAGGAAAGAAGAGGCUGCUGGCCAUGAGCAGAUUCUGGAGAUGGAUGUGAAGCUGGGCCAGGUGACCCUCAGGAACCCUCGGGCUACCCCAGGGGAGCUGCCCAAGACUUUUACCUUUGACGCUGUAUACGAUGCCAGCUCUAAGCAGGCUGACCUAUACGAUGAGACAGUGCGCCCACUCAUAGACUCGGUGUUGCAGGGUUUCAAUGGCACUGUUCUUGCUUAUGGCCAGACCGGCACCGGCAAGACCUAUACCAUGCAGGGCACCUGGGCUGAGCCGGAGCAGCGAGGGGUCAUCCCCAGCGCCUUUGAGCACAUCUUCACUCACAUCUCCCGUUCCCAGAACCAGCAGUACCUGGUUCGGGCCUCUUAUCUGGAGAUCUACCAGGAGGAGAUCCGGGACCUGCUCUCCAAGGAGCCAGGCAAGAGACUGGAGCUGAAAGAGAACCCAGAGACUGGGGUCUACAUCAAGGAUCUCUCCUCCUUUGUCACCAAGAAUGUCAAAGAAAUAGAACACGUAAUGAAUCUGGGCAACCAGGCCAGGGCUGUGGGCAGUACCCACAUGAACGAGGUCAGCUCCCGUUCCCAUGCCAUAUUUGUCAUUACAGUGGAGUGCAGUGAGCAGGGUUCUGAUGGCCAAGAACACAUCCGGGUGGGAAAGCUCAAUCUGGUAGACCUGGCUGGCAGUGAGCGGCAGGGCAAAGCAGGCACCAACACAUCUGGAGUGGCAGCUACCCAGCCUUCAGGGGGAGGGGGUGGCACCGGAGAAAGGCCCAAAGAAGCAUCAAAAAUCAAUCUCUCCCUUUCUGCUCUGGGUAAUGUGAUCUCAGCUCUGGUGGACGGCAGAAGCACCCACAUCCCCUACCGGGACUCCAAGCUGACUCGGCUGCUUCAGGACUCUCUUGGGGGCAAUGCCAAGACCAUCAUGGUGGCCACCCUGGGCCCAGCCUCACACAGCUACGAUGAGAGCCUGUCCACUCUACGCUUUGCCAACAGGGCUAAGAAUAUUAAGAACAAGCCUCGGGUGAAUGAAGAUCCCAAGGACACGCUCCUACGGGAGUUCCAGGAGGAGAUUGCCCGCCUGAAGGCUCAGCUAGAGAAGCGUGGGCUGCUGGGUAAGCGCCGGAGAAGCAGCCGCAGGAAGAAGUCAGUGGCCAUUGAGGGGUACCCAGAGGGUUCCGUAACUGAGGCCUGGGUUGCUGAAGAGGAAGAUGACAACAACAAUAACAACAGACCACCCCAGCCUACUCCAGAGGUCCCUCUGGAGAAGAAUAUGGAGAACUAUCUGCAGGAACAGAAGGAAAGACUGGAGGAGGAAAAGGCAGCUAUACAAGAUGACCACAGCCUGGUCAAUGAGGAGAAGCAGAAAUUAUUGGAGGAGAAGGAGAAGAUGAUUGAGGACCUGAGGCGGGAGCAGCAAGCCACAGAGCUCCUGGCCACCAAAUACAAGGCAAUGGAGAGCAAGCUGUUGAUUGGAGGCCGAAAUAUCAUGGAUCAUACCAAUGAGCAACAAAAAAUGUUGGAGCUUAAAAGGCAGGAGAUUGCUGAGCAGAAACGCAAAGAGCGUGAAAUGCAACAGGAGAUGUUGUUGAGGGAUGAAGAGACCAUGGAACUCCGGGGAACCUAUACCUCUCUGCAACAGGAGGUUGAAGUCAAAACAAAAAAACUCAAGAAGCUCUACGCUAAGCUGCAGGCAGUGAAGGCAGAAAUCCAAGACCAGCACGAUGAGUACAUCCGUGUGCGGCAAGACCUGGAGGAAGCACAGAAUGAACAGACCCGGGAACUCAAGCUCAAAUACCUGAUCAUUGAAAACUUCAUCCCUCCCGAGGAGAAGAAUAAGAUCAUGAAUCGUCUUUACCUGGACUGUGAGGAGGAGCAAUGGAAGUUCCAACCCCUGGUGCCAGCUGGAGUUAAUAACAGCCAAAUGAAGAAGCGGCCAACCUCAGCAGUGGGCUACAAGAGACCCAUCAGCCAGUAUGCCCGGGUUGCCAUGGCAAUGGGGUCCCACCCCAGAUACAGGGCAGAGAACAUCCUCUUCUUGGAACUGGAUGUGUCCCCUCCAGCUGUCUUUGAGGUUGAAUUCUCUCAUGACCAAGAACAGGAUCCCCGAGCACUGCACAUGGAGAGACUUAUGCGUCUGGACAGCUUCCUUGAAAGACCUUCCACUGCUAAAGUCCGAAAGUCCAGGUCCUGGUGCCAGAGUCCUCAGCUGCUGCCCUCUUCCACCUCGCAUGUCCCACUGGCCUCCAGUUCUCUGCGUCCCUCUACGAUGCUGGCCCACGAGUGACAGCCUCCAAGGACCAUGCGGCCUGGCCCCACAGACUCUGGGGAUAUGGGCAGUCAGCCUCAAAUCAUCUCAUCUGCGGCUUUGUGUGUGUGCAUGUGUGUGUGUGUGUGUGUGUGUGUGUGUAUGUGUGUACACGUGUGUAUGUGAGGGGGUGAGAAUCUAGCACCGUCCCCCUGCCCUCAAUUGUUAGCCUCCUUUAUUUAUUUAAUGUUAUUUAUUCAUGGAGCUCAGCUGGUAUGGGGGAAAUGACCUUCACUGAGGCCUCUGGGGCUGGCAGCAGUCACUGGGCAGCUUCCUUUCCCUCUUGCCAGUACCUCUCAGAUGGGCCUCAGGCCAGUGCCCAUAUUGGCUGUCUCUUGAAGGGAAGGUGGCCGGUGUCUGAGAAAAAGUGUUCUUCACUACGCAUCCCAUGCUAUGAUUUCCAUCUCCUUCUCAUCCCGUGUGGCACUUAGAGACACCACCAGGCAACUUCUGAUGGUGAAGACUGUUGGCUGUCCAGAGAGGAAAAGUUGCUUCCCAGCAAUGGUGGUUCCAGAAGGCAUAACCAGGGAGCCCUGAGGUGUUGCUGAGCUGCAAGGGCUGAAGCUUGAAUUCUCUGGGGCCCAGGCAGCCCCUCUCAGCUUUUCUCUAGGACACUUCCAAGGACUCAAAUAACCUCAUUGCAUCAGGUCACAACCUUCAGUUUUGAUGCAGAGCCCUGGCUCUCUACAAACUGUUUCCUUCCUUCUCUCUCAACCCUUCACCUGGAUUCUAGGGCCAGGGCUGGGGAAGGCAGUUGCUGCCAUUUGCAAGCUCAAGUUGAAGAUGCUUGCGGGGAGGGGACAGCGCUUGGUUCUCCAUGUCUAAGAGGCAGUGUCUUGCCACAGCCGCCGAGGGGACCCAAGCUCUAAGCGGCAGGAGGGAUCUGCACCAACCUGACUUUGAAAAAAAAAGCCAGCUCUUCAUUCCCAGUGCUUCCCUCCAUGUUUCAGCACAGGGAUAGAGGUCCCAGGCACUCUCUUAAUAGCAUCACUUAAUACUACUUAUUGCUUCUGAAUCCAAGUUCUUGGGGACAUUGCCUUCUUGAAAAUGAACCAAUUCCUUUGCAGCUAUUAUGUGAAUCAGCCCCUAGAAUAGUAAUUCCCAAAAUUUGUUAUAUUGGUCGAUGGUGUCUCAUUUCAGAAGAUGUACAGAAUUCUAAAAAACAAAAAAACCUUUUAAUUUUAAUUGAAUUUAAUUUUUUAAAAAAUACACACUUGAGGAGGAGGGGCAGAAAUCAUGAACUCAAAUAAAUGGUCAUGACUUCCAAAAGGUUGGGAAUCACUAGUUUAGGGAUUUCCUUAUAUCUGCCUCCAUUCUCAUCCUCAUCUAAUUUCAUGUGACUUCUUUUCAUAAAAGCUUUCAGAUUCUCUUGGUCACUCCACCCACAGAAUGGAGAUCCCCAUCUAUUGGAGGAAACCUGAGGCCCACAAUACCAGAUAGCCCUUGGUAUGUUCAGGGGUGACACUGUUCCCUCACAUAGCCCUCCUCCCCAGCCCCCAGAGAAAUAGUACCUAUCCACAAUUCCUGUUCUUUUAGCUCUGAACUUUGCCUCUCUUCUUUGGCUCUGAGGUAUUUUCCCUUCAAGCUUCCUUAAGGGACCCAGCCCUUGUGGACCUUCUACCUAGCUUGUUUCUGGUCACAAGCCCCUCUCCUUCAAGGGAAACAGUUACAUAUUGGAGCAGGAAAGGACUUGAAUCAGAAAACUAAGCAAGAAGGUUUGACUUGGGCUGAGAAGGCAGCUGGCUGGAAGCUUCCCAGGUGUCAUGGGAGGUAAGGGCUUAUCUUGCUGACUACAUCUCCCACUCUGCGAAUAAAAGUCGGGAAAGCCUUCCCUCUCUUACUCAAGCCUUUGAAGGUGGAAGAAACAGAGCUAUUGUCAUCUUUUCACAUUUGCUCAAGGGUGGGGACCUUAUUUCUUCAGUUGCCUUCAAUUGUUCACUCUCUGGUCAUUUGGUCACUCAGUCUUAUAGCACAAUCCCUGACUUCCCCACCCCGCAGGUCUGAGGUUCUGGACCUGAGGUCAUGAGAGGAGCUUCCCAUCUGCCUGUCACCUAUGUGUGUGUGCGUGUAUGUGGAUGUAUGUGUUUACCUCACUAAGGGGACUCUUCACACUCAGUGUAAAAUAUCCUGGGGAUAGGGCUAAUGGGGGUGGCAAGGUCUCAGUCUCUCUCUUUUCCUUCUAAUGGAUCAGACAUUGGAUUAACAAAGUGCAGGCCUUGAUUAGGACCAAAUUUCUGUGCCUGUUGCUAUGGUAUUUAUUUAGAACUCCAGCGUUAACCGUACGAUGGCCCUCUUGUCACUCUAUACAUAUGAAUAUACAGGACGUAUUAUAAAUAUAUAUAUAUAAAUAUUAUCCUCUGUCUCCCCUGGCUUAGGAUGGAGGCCUCUCUGUUGAGCUGUUGGGCACCUACCAUUUGGUGCUGCCAGCAAGCCAUCAGCCCUAGCCCUGUUCAGAUGAACAAAGUCAACAAUAAAGGAAUGAGUAUCGUUA